AAUUCUAAAUGAGCUGUUUUUCGUAAAUAAGAAGUAUUGAAUAACAAACAACUCAGAAUUACCGACGAGUGUCCUAGUCCUAGCUUACCCAAAUGGAAGGCGGCCAGUUUUUCUGUGAGAGACUGUUGCCUAGAUUCAAGAUGGCGGCCUUUCGGACUGUUCCAGAGAGACUUUUGAGACCAGUGGCGCGCAGCAUAUCGUCAAGAAAUGCCGAGAUUAUUUCUGUGAAACCUACCUUCGGUAAACCAAGAAUGUAUCGUGCCGCUUUGUGCAAGGAACUUGGUAAACCUCUUGUCGUAGAGCAGGUCCCUGCAGCAGAGAAACUCAAGGCCUCUCAGGUAACCUCAUGAUUCGCCGUAUUCUCGAAGUCGCGGAAUUUAAAUGUUGUGUUUUGUUUUUCGAAUUUUUCUGCAGACACCCAAAAAAAAAAAAAGGCCACUUCAUUUAAACGUGGCACCAGACUUAGAGAAAGCAUUCUCAGUCAUCACAGUUAGACCUAGCCUAACGUUUAGAUCGUCUUGCUGAGAUAUGCGCUAUUCCAGUCAUCAUAGUUAGACCUAGCCUAACGUUUAGAUCGUCUUGCUGAGAUAUUUGCUAUUCUGUUUUAUAUUUAUCCAACCUAAGAGGGGAAGGGAGGAUGAAGGAUAGGGUCGAAACUUUUUUCAUAAGGGAGUUGAUGCGUUAGUGACGUUGGUUUUUCAAAACUAAUUUGAGUAAGUUUUGAAAGAAGUCUCUUUUGCUGAGCGAGGGAGGGUAGGGUGGAAAAUCAGCUAUUUCCUGAAGUUAGCUUGCAGGGCAGCAGACAUCCUUUUCCCUUUUCAGGCAAGUUGAAGAGCAUAAUUUGAGUGUGAGGAGAAGGUAUGAAGGCUUCUUUUCUGCAAUAUUGAAUAAAUUCCUAUAUCAACAUGACAGGAUAAUUUCUUUGCUUGAGAAAUGUAUUAUAGCAAGAAGGGAGAAUCUUAAUUGUACUGAGAUCUCUCUCUACUAAAGGGAUAACCACUCUCCCUCCCCUCCACCCCUCCCCACAGUAAAAGAAAAUGAUAUAUAAGUACUGAAAUAAUAAUAAUGUUUAUGAAGAUGUCAUCAAUUCCGAUGUAAAGUAGUUAAUUAUUUUAUUUAAGGUGAGGAUUGCCGUCCACAGUUGUGGUAUCAACUUUGCUGACAUACUUAUGUGUCUGGGAAAAUAUCAAGAUAAACCAAAUCUACCAUUUAUUCCAGGUAUGUUUUAUAAUUGUAGAAUAAAUGAGUUACUAUGAAUGCCCUUAUUGCUUAAAAACAUAUUGUUUCUCCCUUUCACUCCUAGAGUGACCAAGAUAUAAUUUUUCCUUACAGUAUUAAUACAAUAUGAUAAGCAGUCAAGUAUUGCGAAUAGCAAAACAUAUCAAUCAGGAGACUGUCAUUUGAUCUAACACCACAUUCUCAGAACAAAAUUUAAAGAAAAUGUAUCACAGACAGUAAAGAGAAUUUUCAUGAUCCAGAUAUUAGGAGUGAAAGGGUAACUGCAGUAGGAAACCCAUAGUUAUUUUAUAAAAGCAAUAGAUCACACUUCCUGUUAUAAGUUGAGACAUCGGGAUGGCACCCAAAAAGUUUGUAAAUUGACAGCUUCCAGCUUGUGAUUUUAAAAGUUUAACUUUUCAGUGAUAGAAAGUGUAGUCAAUUGCUUAAUUUACAGGUAUCACAUCAAAUCUUUGUCUCUCCUCAUAUCUUCUUUCCCUAUGUAUCUCAGUCUCAGUGUUGUGUAAUUGUCUCUUUCUCCACCCCAUCCUAAUAUUGGUACCCACCACAUCCCAACAUUUAUACCCACUCCAUUCCAAUAUUGGCACCCGCCCCAUUUAAUAUUGGUAACCAUCCCAUAACAAUAUUUGUGCCCACCCCAUUCCAAAAUUGGUAUCUACCCCAUUCCAAAGUUGGUACCCACUCCUUAUUAAUAUUGGAAAAUUACUUGUUAUGGUUGAGGGGAUUAAAGAGUUGUAGCUGGAGCAAGCCUUAGAGAGCUGGAGAUACAUAAAAUUUCUUUCUAGUUUCUUGAUCAUAAUUGUGUAUCUUGUUUGUUCAGGUGCUGAGAUAGCUGGUGAAGUGAUUGAAACUGGAGAAGGAGUAGAACAGUUAUCAAAGGUGACUGUGUGUUUAUCAAGUCUGGACCCUAAAUGACCCAUUUCAACCAGGCUCUCACAGGUUUCAUUGCCUUGAAACAAGUCGAGAAUUCCUUCCCUUAUGCAAUUAGUUAGUUCACCCGUAAAGUUUUCUGGUAACCAUGUACACUGUGAGAAGUACAAGAGCAAAGUGUGUUGCCCAAGAACACAACAUAACCUGGCAAGGAAUUUAGCCUGAAACACAGAAUCAAGUAGCCUUUUCCUUGGGCCAUCAUAUCUUACUAAGGUCUUGAAAUGGGACCUAUGCUCUGGAGUGGAGUGUGCUAAUUACUAGGCCACGACAUGUAUGUCUCUACCCCUUGGUGAGACACGUUACACUCAUGGUUCUCCUCUUCACCCAGGAGUGUAAGUGGGGAGCCACAAACUGUCAGGAAAGCCUGAUGAGAUGCUUUGCUGUAACCUAGGAUGGGGUAAUGAAGGAGGAAAACUCUUAUUAUAAGUUUCUUCACGUAAGAGAAACUGGGAUAAGCUUCCAUCAGUGUCUUGUGGGCCAGUCUUGGCUGGAGAGCAGACUGAAAAACUAAUGAUUACAUCAGAUUCUCAAUUUACUGAGAUUAUCAACUACUUCUCUUCACUCUUGGUCUUUAAGUAAGCAUAGGAUGCGACAGUUAUUCAGGGUUACUAUGACUAAUGACAGUUAGAGGGUUCAAUCAUUAACCCUUUACACUGAAAUAUCAGUAUGCACAUUCUCCAUACUGUUAUUUAUACAUUUCCUAAGGUGCUGACAAGGAGAAUUUGUUUAACAAUCAAGAACUUCUUUGAUUUUUGAUCAUUUCCUUUAUUCUCAUGAUCUUAAAUGAAUGAUUCAGCAGUAUUGUUGUCAGGAGAAACUAGAAGCUGGUCGCUUUUUGGGUGUAAUGGAUUAUUUACUGACUUACAUUUUGAUUUUCAGGGUGAUAGAGUGUUUGGUCUGAUACCAAUUGGUGGUUUUGCUGAGGAAUGCAUUGCAGAACAGAGUGUGAGUCUAAUUUGUAGAUCUUCCAAAUAAAUGCAUUUCAGGAAAUUUGUGUUUUUACAUUAGCACUAGAUUCUAAUUCAAAAGCCUGUAUGCUGAUUCCAGGGUCUGUGGAAAAUUCCUUCUAGUGUUGAGUAUAGUUCAGCUGCGGCACUUGCAGUGUCAUAUGGUACAGCAUAUGUUGGACUCACAUCCAAGUCAAACACACAACCUGGGUAAAUAUCUGCACCAUAAAGACUUGAUAAUUAGUUAUUUUAUCACAAUCCCUCAACACUAAAGAUUUGAUUUGUAACUCUCCCUUUGAGCUCCCGAACAUUUUCUUUUAACCCUGAAACUCCCAAGAUCUCAUUAGUAAUUUUCUUAACUGUCUAGCUGCUAUACAGUUCUUGUGAUGCUAGUUUGGAGAAAUUGGUAUUGGAUCAACUUAUAAUCCCCUAUCUAAUAUUUUUCUUCAUUCUUGUCACUUGUCUGCUUAAUAUUGUAUUGAUAUUGUAAGGAGAAAUUCUGUCUUGGUCACUCAUGGGAGUUAAGCCCUCAUCAGAGAAUUUGUGUUUGAUUGAUAUAACACCCUCUGGCUGAUAUGUAUGUCUAUUAUAAUUUUAUGUUUGCAUCAUAGGAAUAUUUUUGUUGUUAGAAGUUACACACUAAUAACUUCUAAGAGUUACAUGUUGUGUUUUGUUAGUGGUUCAUAAGUAGACUUGAUAUUGUUCUAACCAAGAAUUUAAGAGGUACAAGUGAAAUUGAUAAAUUGAUCAGUAGGUCUUGUUCAGAAGACAAGUUAAAAUUUGAAAACCAAAAAAGGCACAAUAAUUCAUGUCAUGGUGAUGCUUCAACUUGAAGAUAUUUCUUUGCUUUAAUGUCACAUUCCUGACAGAAAAGAACAUAUGAUCAGGUGUUCUCUUUCUUCAGGGAAGUGUUGAAUCUUGCAUUGCAAUGCUCUUCUGUGAGAAGAAUGCCUGAUGGCAGAAUAGACAGUAAGUAGAAUUAAUGUUGGUUUUGUGAGACUCAAAAGGUUAAAUCAAAGCCUGUUUUGUCUUAUUUGCAGUCAAACAGUGCUAGUGACAGCUGCAGCAGGAGCAUUGGGAUUGGCAACAGUUGAUUUAGCAGCAAAUGCACUGGGAGCAAAGGUUUGUUCUUGAGUGGGUUCACCCUUGGAGGAGCCCCUAUACAUGAGACUGAUUAACCCCCUAGACUUGAGUUAAGAGAUCUCUAUGGAUUCUUUCUUUCUUGUGAAGAUUUCAAUGUGUUAGUUUUAGAGGACAUUACUAAACCUAACUUUCAAGAUCUUGGCUGAUAACCAUCUUUUGAGCAAUGGCUUCCUUGAGAGUAAACUUGAUGGAAUGGCAUCCUGUUUGUUUCCUACUCUUAGAAUUGUGAUAAGCUUACAAGUCUGGUUGUGGGGAAUAUAAAACUUCUAAAGAUUGUGUGUCAUAAGAUCCUCACAAGAGCCUGGCUCUGUUUUUAAGGUUAUUGGAGCUGCAAGUAAGGACAAGCUUGAUGUUGUUACAGCAAUGGGAGCGUCAGCCACAAUUGAUUACAACAAAGACAGUAUCAAAGAUAAGGUAAUUUUUCCUGUUAACCCUUUGACUCCCAUGAGUGACCAAGACAGGAUUUCUCCUUACAAUAUCAACACAAUAUCAACACAAUAUCAAGCAGACAAAUGAUGAGAAUGAAUAAGAAAAUCGAUCAGGAGAUUAUUAUUGAUCCAACACCAAAUUCUCCAAACAAAGUUACAAGAAUUGUAUGGCCGGCAUAAAGAAGGAUAACUAAUGAGAUCUUGACACUCUCUUUAUCUCUGAUAAGUUUUAUAAUGUGGCAGGUCAAAGAACUGACAGGUGGAAAAGGUGCAAACGUUAUCAUGGAAGCUGUUGGAGGAAAAGUAUUUACAGAGUGUCUGAAAUGGUAAAUAUUGUUUUUUUUGUGAUAAUAAAUUUCUUAUGUAAGAUUGACACUAUAGACACUACAGAGGUAUAAAUAUUUGUAGCUCAAAUCUUGGCUUUUUGGGUCAUUGUUGGCAGAAAUAAAGUUUUAGACAUGUCAUAGACGUUUACAUCUGUUCAUGGCCAGAUUUCCACAAAACCCAAAUUUCUUAACAAUUUUGUACUACAUGAUGGUAGCAAACAUGAUGAUGUGAAUAACUUCCAAUUAUUUUUUUCCUUUCAAGCAUUGCAUGGGGAGGUGUUAUUCUUCCUGUUGGGUUUGCUUCAGGAGAAAUUCCUCAGGUGUGUUCCUAUUUUUUUAACACUGCUCUUGAAAUAUGCAACACAUUGUAUGAAAUAAUGCUACGACUGGUUCCAAAUUGUUUUUUCUUUUGUGAUAUUUCAGAUCCCAGCAAAUAUUCUCUUGGUGAAAAACUGCUCAGCAGGUAAGUUUAGAAUAAGUGUUCAUUGUCUUUCUGAAGCAACUCAGCAGGCUGGAAUCUUAAAUCCUUAAAUCUAAUUGGCUUAUAGCAUGCCUGUAACCAUUCCAUACUAACACCCUUCUGGUAAAAUAUAUAUGCAAUGUGAUGAUUGAUCCUAAGUAUGAAACAGUUGAGUUUCAGACUUGUCUUCACUCAAUUAAAGAUGAAGCUGGCUCUUUAAAUCAAAAGACCUAAAGACUGAAAAAACUCUUUCUUUUUUUGUCCUUUUUCCACAGCUGGUUUGUUUUGGGUAAGUACAGUCUACCAGUCAGUGUCUGAUUUUGAACCUUAAUUUUUCCUUUCUUUUGGGUUAUGAAUCAUUAUUUGCAUGACAUUGCCACAGUACUGUGCUUUUCAAUUUCCAGGGAGCCCACAUGAAAUAUAACCCUGCAUUACUGAGAGAUUCUGUGAAUAAAUCACUGGAGUUUCUUGAACAAGGCAAGCUUAGAGGACCACAUGUUUCUGGAGAGUUUGAAUUAGACCAGGUAAAUAACAUAACACUUGAAUAGACUAUUGCUAUUUUCUAUGUAACAAAUAGAUUCCAAGUUGCCGUGCGUCUGUUCAGUAAUAGAUCACAGAUGAUGUCAAAAUGUGGUACAUGUAAGAACAAAAAAGUGGCACACGAGGUGCAGCCAAGUGUGUCACUGAUGUUCUUACCACAUUUUGAAGUCCACUGUGUUCUAUUACUGAACAAACGCAUGGUAACUUGGACUCUAUUUGUUUUAUAUAAUAAAGAAUUAAAAAAAAGUUUUAAUGAUGACAUCAUCUAUACAUCUGUCUUCCAAUAGAUCAUGAGUGAGAACCAAUCAGAAUGCAUGCAUAACUGAGCUUAUUAUAUAAUACAAAUUUCUCAACCUCUUUUACUUUAACAUCAUCCAUCUUCUCCCUACUCUACUUUAUACAUUUUGUUUGGUACUGACAUGGAGAAUUUUUUAAAUAAUCAAAGCUUCUUAGGUUGGCAAUCAUGUUCUUUAUGCUUAUGAUCUCAAUGUAUGAUUCACCAGUUUUACUGGAAGGUGAAAUUAGACAGUGGUCACUCUUAGAUUUUAGGGUUUAAGCAGCUGGCUCAAACAUUUAUAGACCACUGCAACAAAACAUCAACAGGGAAUUUACAUAUUGUGACUCUAGCUUACUUUGUAUUCUGUUACACCAGAAUGACUCAAAUGCUGUUUUAUUCUUUGUUUCAGGCAAAUGAAGCAUUCAAGUUUGUGAUGGAAAGGAGAUCAACAGGAAAAGUGUUGAUAAAAACAAAAUAGACAGGUUGAUUAACCCAUUACACCCUAACAUCAGUAUGCAUAUUCUCCAUACUGUUCCCUUUACAUUUCUCAAGGGUCUCAAAAGGAGAAUUUGUUUAACAGUCAAGAGUUCUUUAGUUGUUGAUCAUUUCCUUUAUUCUCAUGACCUUAAUGUUUGAUUCAUGGUUGAUAUUGUAAGGAGAAAUUAGAUGCCAGUCACUCAUAGGAGAUAAAGGGUUAAAAGAAUUAAAAUUGAGAGGAAAGGACAUUUCAGACCCCAGUUUGCUCUACAGCUGCAGUGACAUUAAACUUUUGUUAAGUUAUCAAUGUACAUCCAAAGGUGUUCACUAGUUGCGAAGCUCUCUCCAAAACCAUUGACUUCUUGAUUGCUGUAUUUUGAAAAAUAUAGUAAUGAAUCUUUGCAAGUUUUUUGAAAAGUUGAUGUAAUAUGUUUGGUGUUUUUAGAACAAAUGGUGAAAUACAACAGUAUCGUAUAGUAAUAUUUGAAACGAUCUAGAAGAUGACAUGUAAAUUAAUCCUUUGAAAAUACAAUUUCUAAGAAAAACAAUUUGUUAAUAGAUAGUUGAAAGCAAACUGAUAGAAAAUAUGUCUCUACAGUCGCUAUCAGAAAAACUUUAACUGCUCAAAAGAAUUAACCAUUUCUUAUAGUGUUUGACAUAAAAAUAAAUAAGGUAUUUGGAAUUAAUAGUUGGAGCUUUCAUUGUGCAUCUGGGGAAAUUGUACCCAUAAUUUGUACCUAUUUUAGCCCAAGUUGUUUUUUUUUCCUACCCCUAAACAUAGUUUCCCCUUCUUGAAAUUGGUUGACUCUUACCAUUUUGAUAUUUUCUCCUGUAAUGAAAUUAUUUUAAACCUUUUCCUCC